AAGAAUCUUCUAAAAACUUAGUGUAACAUGAAAAGUUGUGCAAUUAAGCCACAACAACAAAACAAGUGCUUAAGUGUGCUGAAAAUAAAUUGCUAAGCGUGUGAAAGUAGUAAAAACGGAUAAGCAAUAGGAGAAGCGGUCAUCAUAACGCAUCCUGCCAAGCUUUAUAUUGUGAUUUUCAUUUUUUUAAAACUUUAAAUCGUAGCUGAUCAGUGCAAAUACCGUUAGCUGGUGACUUUUUCCAUCUAUACCUCAAACUCAACGCUAAGGUGUCAUGAUGAAUUUCUCCGCGUUUGGUGGUCCCUUUUCCGGCAUACAUCAGUUUGCGGCUAAAUUUGGCCACGACACACAAGGUCCGCCGGGCGCCUUCGCCACGCCCACCGGCAUCAAUGGCAAUGCGACGGCUGCAACGGUCGGCGAUAAUCAUGUGCAACGCUAUCAGACGAAUGGCAAUCAUUUCAAUCAAAAUAUACCAAAUGUUUCGGCUGCCAAUAAUACAAUGCAAUACGGACAAAAUAUAUCCAUACCAUAUUCACAGCCGCAAACCGAUUUGAAUUUUCUCAACUCAGUGGAUCAUAAAGGAAAGAUACAUCCGAAAAUAGAGCGCGACCGUGAAGAAGUUUUGAAUCAACAGAUAUUACAGAAUGUCAAUCAAUCAUGGCAAACAUUGGCCAAUACUGCCAACACCGUCGAUUACUCAUCGCAUUUGCUAUCUGCAACACUGCCAAUCUCAAUACAACACUUCCUCAAAUAUUCCGAAACAAUAAAGAAGGAAUCCUCAGGUAUUGUCGGCUCACAAAUCAACUCAGGGAAUUUGAAUUUGAGCAAUUUGGAUACGUCACCAUCGGGUUUUAAGGGUGACGUCCUCAAGAAUGGCACCAAUUUGAGUCUUGCACUUGGCGGCGUCGCACUCGCCCCACCGUCCAAUCAACAAGCAAAUGGCGCCACACAUCAUAAUGGUGGUAUUGUUGGCAUGGAACAUGGCGGUCAUAUGACCAAUAUGACAGAUGCUACCAACAACGGUGCAUCACUACAUCCGGGUGUGAAUGGCAAUCCACCAAACACAAAUGUUAAUGUACAAGCCAAUAACGGUCAACCCGCCACCGCCAAUGGUACAGUCACAAAUGGUAAUGUUGUAACAAGCACUGCACCGGCUGGCACCACGACUACCUCAACCGGUGGUACCACUACGACCACUGGGAAAAAGACCAGAAAGAAGAAGCCACCAAAGGAGAAGAAACCACGCCCAAAACCGGGUGAGAUUCGUGAAAUCAAGGCGUUGGACGGUUCCACGUUAUAUUGUUGCCCCGAAUGUCAGAUGGCCUAUCCGGAUCGCAGUCUAAUCGAACAACAUGUAAUCUCACAUGCGGUGGAACGACGAUUCGUUUGCGACAUCUGUAAUGCGGCUUUGAAGCGUAAGGAUCAUUUGACCCGUCAUAAGCUGUCCCACAUACCGGAUCGACCACAUGUGUGCAAUAUUUGCAUGAAAUCAUUCAAGCGCAAAGAGCAAUUAACUUUGCACAUUGUCAUACAUUCCGGAGAGAAGAAGCAUGUGUGCGUCGAGUGCGGCAAAGGUUUCUACCGCAAGGAUCAUCUGCGCAAGCAUACACGCUCGCACAUUGCACGUCGCGUCAAGUCUGAAGUCUCGGCGCAGAAUGUCAACGCCGGCAGUGGUAGCGGCAACAAUGUGCAAAAUAAUACGAUACAAGGUUCCUGAGGUUCGUACAAGGACUUUUGGUAAAUAUGCAAAGAAACUUCACACUGUAAACUGCGCCAUUUUGAAGUUAACAACAUGCAUACGCGCGCUUGUCAAAGGCGUGUGGGAUGUUAGUUGUUGUCUUCAAUAUGUGCGCAGUUGGAAGUUUCUCUGAAUAUUUACUGACUGUCCUGCUAAGCCUUAAACGAUGAAAGAAGAUGAUAAAGAAAAUCCAUAGAAAGAAUGAAAAGAAACUGAUUUUUUUUCCAAUUUUUCAACAAGAAAUACAUUUUUUUUGUUGAUGUAUUAAAGUAAUUUUGUUCAAAGGAUUUGCACUACGUAAGAUGAAAGUGAAAGUAGUUCUGCAUAGGAGUGUGAAUGAUGAUAAAGCAAAUCGCACAAAGCUAAAAGAAAAUAUGGCGUUCCAUUUGUAUAAUAGUUGAGCGCUAAUAACAACUACAACAACUAGUUAUAACUGAAACCGUUUAAUAGCAAUUUUGAUGUACAAAAUAUUUAUUUAAAAUAUGUAUGAUGUUAGGAAAAAGAAAAACACAAAGAAAAACGACGAAGAUGAAAUAAAAAUAAAAUAUUUAUAUACGCUGAUGAAAUGAUAGAAAAUACUUAAUAAUGACAUAAACACACGAAUAGCAACUCAUUGAAAAGGAACGCGCAAACAAUUAUCAUUGAUGCAUACGAGUGCAUACAUACAUGCAUACACAUAUGCACACAUAUGUACAUACAAUUGUAGGUGGGGAUGCGUUAGUUAAGUACGCAAAACUCGAAGCGCAUUUAGACUUAGACUCAAAAAUAAAAUGGAUACGAAUAUAAGCAUAAGUUGAAGGAGAAAAGAUAAAAUAGUUUAAUAAAUUUAGUGAACAAUUUUUAUUUGAAUUAUUUUAGAGGAUCUGUGAUCUUUUCUGAAUAUUAAAAACAAACGCAUUAAACAAGACGAAUGAUUAAUGAAGGAUAUACGAGCGAUUUCGCUGAAAAUAGGUGUAUAAGUUAAACAAAGAAAAGGAAAGUGGACACACUGACUAAUAGCGAACAUAAAAAGGAAAUAGCUAUGUAAGAGAACGCAGCCUGUAAUCGAAUGCAAGCAAAAACUGAAGCAAACACUUAACGUUUUUUAUGUGUUGCGAACUUGUAAAAAUUUUAAUGUGCAAUUCUUAAACGAUAAUUUAAUAUGAUAUUUUUUAUUGAUUUUUAUAAUUCCAAUUUUGUUGUGCUUUUCUGUUUUGUUUACGUUUUUCUUCGAUAUGAAACCAAAUAUUUACUAAAUAUUAAGUAAAAUGC